UGGCCAUUAUUUAUAAUAAAGUACUAAGAAAUGCAUAUCCUGAGUACGGUAUUAAAUUAACAGUGUUGCGUUGCAGUAUAUAAAAACGGACCUGGUCGUUGCCGUAAAAUAUCUGUUUCCCGAUAGCCAAUGAGCAACAAUAGAAAGAUUCCCCCAUGUUAUUGCCAUCUUGAAACCUUCCCGGGUGCGCGUCUCUCUCAGUCGGUCUCUCUUUGUCCAGCGGCGACAGUAGGCCGGAGUAAGACUAUGGUUGAUUCCCAGCUUUGGGAUCGAUUACAUUUGUAGUUUUCUCGGAGCAUAACGCGGUUGUCGUCGUGACGCUGGUGCACUGGCUAUCUCCACAAGGAACGGCCCGGGUAACGGACCCCAGAGUAAGCAUCGGACGAGGGAGAUGCACAGAAACAUAGAGUCGAGCUAACGUUAGACAGCCAACCAUAGCUGGCGAGCAAACGCAAGGCUAGCUAGCUACGUUGAGUUGGGCAAAACGUUAGCUAGACUAACUGUUUUAACCCGUCGGUAGAUUUUAAAUGUUAACGCAAAUACCACAGCUAGUAGUUCACAGCAUCCCAGUUAACAAUUGCACCUAUCCGUUAAUCAGUCAUACCCGCGGCUGUGCAGCGAUGUUUGGGGCAAUAGCUUGUUAGCUGUCGUGCUAGUUGCACAUCUGUUAGCGAUCAUGUUUUAGGAGGGGGAGUGUUUCUGUAGCCAGCUAGCAACGUUGUUUCACCUUCCUAUUCUCCGGUUGCUGACGACCCCAGGUUUAUUUUAGCACAGAUCUUAUUGUCUAAUUACAAUUACAGGCCCGGCUUCUAAGAUCGGACACGACUAGCAUCUCGGGAGACAGAACUGGACCCGUUAGUGAGCUUGUGACAGCUGAAACGUGCGCCACCAAGGAACAAAAAAAAAAAAGAAAUCUGAAUCCUGGGAUUUUGGAACUGACCGGAGUUCGGUUUCGUGAUCAUCCAAACCGUUAUUGAAUUAACUGGAAGAGCACUUGUUUCGCUUCUCACAUUUUUCUUUGUAUGUGAACGGUGGCAUGGCACCGCACCGACAGUCAUAUUAAUGGCUGCCGAAUCUGGGAGGCUACCGGCGGGACAAGGUCAAGGAAAACGAGGCAAAGGUUCACAAAUGAAGAGCCCGGAGAAAAAGAAGCGGAAAUCAAACGCACAGGGGGCAGCGUUCUCCCACCUCUCCGAGUUUGCGCCCCCUCCCACCCCCAUGGUGGACCACCUGGUGGCCUCCAACCCGUUCGACGAUGACUUUGGCCCCCCCUCGCGCGCCGGUGGGGCGGGAGGCCCUGGAGGAGCCCCCUUCCUGCCCAGCCCGGGCGGAGCGGGCGGAGGAGGAGGGGGUUACGGAGGCGGGGGCAGGAUGGGCGGGGGCAUGGGGUUCAUGGGAGGUCCCGGCGGCCCAGGGGGCGGGCAGCCCAACCGCAGACCCCCCUUUGGGCCCCCGCCCCCCAACGCGGGGCCACACCACCAGCUGGGGUUCGGCGGGAUGCCGGGGUUUGGCGGCGGGGGCGGCGGGGGAGGGGGCGGUGGCUUCCCGCCGGGGGGGCCCUCUCAGUUUAACCUGCCCCCAAAUUUCAGCCCGCCCAUGCACCCCGGCCCGGGAUUCAACCCCAUGCUGUCCCCCGGGGGCAUGGGGGGUCCGGGAGGUGGGGGUCCGCCUCACCCCCGAUUCGGGAUGCCCCCGCAGCAGCCCCAGCACGGACAGGGGGGCAACCACCCUUUUAACAGCCCGCCUUUACCUGGCGGGGCGGGGCCCCGAGGGCCUCCACACGGGGCCCUCAACCCCAUGGGCGGAAUGCCGGGCGGGAUCAACUUGAUGGGCGGCAUGGGAGGAGGAGGAGGGGGCGGCAACAUGGUGGGGGGUCUCCCGGGGUUACCCCCGCCGGGGCAGUUUCCCCCCUCGCAGGACGGGCCCUACCCAGGCCCCAGCCCCCCGGGGAGUGAGGACGGGAAAAACUUUGGGGGAGGGGGAGGAGGAGGGCCGCAGUCGGGGCCGCCCUCUCAACAGCAGCAGCCGCCCAACUUAAACCCGCCCCCUCCCAAUAACUCCACCCCCGGGCCUCCACCCUCCUCCGGUCCCCAGGCCCCCCAGCCCGGAGGCGGCGGGUUCCCAGGCCACCCCGACAUCCAGCAGCAGAACCCCAACACCCCGAAUCAGCCCCCCUCGGCCACACCCCAGCCCAACCCGAACUCUUCCCCGACUGGUCCCCUCAACGGACCGCAGCCGCCCCAGCAGCAGCAGCCCUCCAACCCGCUCCAGCCUCCGAACUCCGGCAACGCCCCCUCCGGAAACCCAGCCCAGCAGCAGCAGCAGCAACAGGCCACGCCCCCAAACUCCGCCCCCGGCCCCGGCCCCGCCCCCUACAGCCAGCAGAACAGCGCGUCGGUGCCCGGCUCCAUGCCCAGCCAGCCGCCCAACGCCAACCAGGCCAACAUGACCAACAGCAGCAACACCAACGCCCCCUCCAACAACCCCAACCCUCCUUCCAACUCCACCCCGACCCCCACCACCCAGUCCCCGCUGCCGCCGGGCCCUACCGCCCCCUCCUCCGCCGGGCCGGGUCCCGGGCCCCCGAAGCUGGGCGGGGGGAUGGUGUGCCCCUGCGGCUUCUGCCUGUCCGAGGUGCACGACGACCAGGAGGCCAUCUUGUGCGAGGCGUCCUGCCACCGGUGGUUCCACCGCGACUGCACGGGCCUGACGGAGCCCGCCUACGGCCUGCUGACCCGCGAGAGCGCCGCCGUCUGGGCCUGCGACUUCUGCCUCAAGACCAAGGAGAUCCAGGCCGUCUACGUGCGGCAGGGCAUGGGCCAGCUGGUGGCGGCCAACGAGGGCUGAGAGCUGGAGAGAGAGAGAGAGAGAGACACUGAGGGAUCGGGGGACAGACCGAAACGACUCGCCGUCUACCUUCGGACAGAAACCUCAUCUUUUGAUUGGCUGUCAACCAAACUUUGCCACCCCCUGCCCGUCUGACUACGCAACAAGAACCUUUUUUCUUUUUUUUUUUUCUUUAAACGGCUGUUGACUGACAUGUCCCUUUUCUGUAUGACAUACACACGCAUGCACAGGCAUAUGGCAUAUACACACACACACACAAGUACGUUUGAGGACUUAAUGCUGACUGACCGGGUGAACUUUUCUCCCCGUUCAGUUCCGAUACGUCAACUGACAUUGUAUACCCGUGGACCAGAGGCAGUGACCCACGGGGGAAAAAAACGCACUGACCGGCAAGCACUGACCAGUUUCACUACCUCACGCAGCCACCUCACCGACUGACACCGACGCUCCCGGUGACACCGUUGACAUACUGAACCAACCGUGUGCUUCACGGCGAGAUUCCUCAGACACCACCCACCCCACACUCCAAAUCCCAUAGUGCUCUGCCAGGAGACUCCAAAGGACACCUGGGUAGCCCUCUCGUUGUACCUGACUUUCCCCACAGACCUCCGAUGCCUCCCAGAGACUACCUUGCUGUAUGAAUACGUGUAGAUACUGAAAAUUAUCCAAAAAAUAUAUCGUUCCGCUCGACUUGUAAUGCUGGAGUCUGUUGAGGAGGUUGGACUGAAACUCCCUGCUUCUUAAAAACAAACAAAAAAAAAAACGUAAAACAAUUUUAUGUUACAUUUGAGUCACCUGCUCGUAGUCGGUUGAUGUAGGUGAGCGGUGAAUUCAGUGCUGACCAUAUCACAUCCGUGUAGUGAGUAGUGCUCUUGUGCCACAUCCGACCUGUAGUGUUCAGUUUGUAUACAGUCCAGCACGGUGAGUUGACAUGCUCACACGGCCUUGAAGACCAAAUUGCUCUGAGCUAAAAGUGUCCGUUAUCAGAUUACUGUCAUGGCAGGGGAUGUUUAUAAUAGCUUAAUGGUUAUUGUUUUUUUUUCUUUUUGUUUUUUUCCCCCACGAUUUCUGUCCAAAGCCUCAUUUUUUUGGCUUUUCUUCUUUUUUUUUUUUGUACUGACAUCUGUGCUGUUCAGUGAUCUCUGUUCUGCUUCCCUCUGGUGGUACCAGUGGGAACAGUCACUCCUGGGGGGGGGAAAAAGGUACUGAACUGAAGUAAAGAGAAUCAUUUUUGUACUUGUA